GCCGCAUCCAUCGCAAACGAGGGGGUUUUCAGUCCGCGAACAUACGCGAUCAGGUCCGCUUCGAAGGAAGACCGGAUUGUAACGCACAGCGAAUUGUCAAAUGACAAAAUUGUACGAGUCGAAUUAUUAUGCAGUGCGCAGAGUGUGAUCGUGGAAACGACCAAAAAGUCACUUGCAAAUCAAUAAUUGUUCAGUAAAACGAACGCGUCGGACGUACAUAACAAUGGCAACUAGGAGAUUAGCCAUAUCGCGGGCCUUUGUUUGUUGCUCGAAUAUAAUUUUCUUGAUUUCAGGUUUUGCAUUGAUGUCAUUGGGUGGUUUAUUAUUAGCCGAUAGUGAACGGAUUUUAUUAUCGCGUCUACUAGGACCUGGUGACAUUCAUCCCGAUCAACCACUCUUUUAUUAUUUAGCUUUUGCUAUAGUUGCACUAGGAUUUCUCAUCGCUAUCACCGGACUUCUCGGAUGCUGGGCAGCUUGUCUCUUCAAUCGUUGCAUCACAAUCUCCUAUCUCGUGACGAUAAUCUUGCUGCUACUCGGUGAAUGUACCGUAUGUAUUAUCGCUGUUUUUUGGCCUCAUAUAUUGGGGAUCGAUGUAAGACCGGCGCGUUUAAUACGCGCUUUGCAACGUAGUUACGCCGUUCCCGGACGCGAACAAUUCACAGCAGCCCUCGAUCUUGCACAAACGACGUUCGCCUGUUGCGGCAUAAACGGAAGUAGCAAUUACGGCACGUCGUGGUGGCGGCUGCAGGAAGUCGGCCGAAGAGAAUUAGUAGUACCUCUCAGUUGCUGCACCCUUAAUAAUGCCAAUGAGACGGACUCUUUCCUCAACCCUGAGCCUGCCAAUCUCACUUUCUGCCAGGCUCUGAACCCUGCCGAACAUCAAUACGCCCGACACACAGCGGGUUGUCUUGAACAUAUCGAGAAGUGGACACAGGAUCAGGCACUAAUCCUGCUGGCUAUUAUAUUAGCUGUCAUGUUUGUCGAAGUCACGACGCUUCUCAGCAUACUUUUCGCUUGCUCUCGAGGAAACAGGAGAAGCAAAUCGCAGGCGUCGACUUUUACUUCUACGCAGACUUUAAGCCCAUUCACCGAGAGCGAGCACGAUUUUGAGGGCAGUCAAGGACAGACAGCGGUUGACGUUAAAGAGGCAAAUAAGCGAGAAACCACAUGCGAUGAUACUAAAUACAGUGUAUUAGCUUCGAGUAGAAAGAGCAUAAUCGAGGAAUGGCGAAAUCCUCCCAAGUACUCCGAGGAUUUAUUACAAAACGAUCAAACGUAUGAGGAACGAGCGGUCGACGUUAUAAUCGAUAAUCGUCCUCAGGAAUAUCUUAAAAGAUUCUCACAGAAUGCGCCGCCCUUAAAGAUCGUGAAUGAUAACGCCAAGAAAAUUAGCAACAAUGACAAGCUGAUUAAGAUUAAAAGACCUCAAGGUGGCGGUACAGUUAGAAGCAUCCCCAUUAAAGAUUACCAAGCAUCGAUCGCGUAUAACAUCGGAACCUUGCGACGAUCCGUGGCACCUCAAUUGCAAUUCGAGACUCUAGUCUCCGAACCUGAGAAGAGCGUCUAUAUGUCGUCGAGGAAAAUCAUUCCUAUAACCAGUAACUUGCAUCAUCGGACAGCGUCGCAGAUUACGUGCACCGCUGCGCAAAUGGAAGCCAAUAAUGCUCGCAGGAGAUCUCUCUGUCACUAUUGUAACAGUCAAUCACGUGAUCCACGUGGCUGUUGUUGCGUUGAUCCGAACAAAAACGAAGAGACUCGAUAUUUUAGUAAGAUGAAAGAUCCAAAGACUCAAGACGGUUCCGAUAUAGAUGAAUAUUUUCACAGGAGUUCACAUAGGAGAUUUAAUUCGAAUUACGAUCACCGCCCUUCAAAAUGUACGCACGAGUCUUCGGGAAAUGCAGCAAUGGCAACGUGUACAAAAGAUGAAAAGGCGGAAAACACGGAUGCGUUACGAGUAUCGCAGGGUCACGUUGGUCAAAAGAUAUCGGCGUACGAGCAGAACGCUCGACGUAGCCUGCGCGAGUCCAAUCCUAGGUAUCGAUCGCUCUUCGAGGUAAAGGGACACCGAGGCAUCGGUGUGCCGUUGGUAGGUAUGCACAACGCCUGCGGCUUACCUGUCGUAGCUUCCUGGCACAAUCACGAGCUGCUUCUGGAUCCUCUGCGAAUUGCAAGGACCGUGAGGUCUGUUUAUAAGGGUCCUCGCACCGUGCCGAACGUGCGACGUCGAACUCAAAAGCGAAAAGCGCCGCAGCCAGAUCGCACGAUGAUACAUUCUAGAAACGUUGAUCACAACGUUACACGAUCGACAAUCAAGUCGGUGGGUCAUUCCGAUAAUAUUAACAGCGGCGAGAGAUCCAGGCGGAAACAUCGUCGUCCAUCGUUUACCACGACGAAAGCGGGAUCGUUGUCCUCGAAAAAUUCCUUCAAGAAAACGACUAGAUCCAAAAGGCAUGGGAUUAAAGUGAGCUCGCUGGUAGAUACAUUUGGCAGGAUUAAAACCGGAAGCGCGAAGAGAACCACUCUGUAUGCAAAAGAUGACGGGGAGGAGGCUGUACAAGUUCUGAAAAGUUUAUGUUUGAAUCCUUUAGCGCGUGCCAAUUCGGAAACGGAUAUGAUGUGGUGAAGCUCAUUAACGUACUUUUUGUUUUUACUAUAAUUAAUAUAUUAAUAUAUUUUAUUAUACUAUUUAAAGUAAAAAAAACAUAAGUAUAUCUAUUGUGCAAGCGAUUUAUAAUGGACAUCUUCUUUGCUAUUUAAUUUACAGCCAAAUACAUAAAAAAAGACAGCAAAGUGUAAAACAAUAGCUUUUUUUAAUUAUUUUUUUCUAUUUAUAUCUUAUGCGUUCGUUAUCACUUCUCAUACAUUCGUAGGAGUAUAUUAAUGUAUAUGAGUUA